AUGGCACCCACUCUGAAUGUUAAAGGAAGUGAUUCCGGGACAGCGCGAAUCCUCGGUUCGGGUGCCUCAGGUGUCGCAGAGCUACUGGUCUUCCACCCUGUGGACACUGUUUCGAAGCGACUCAUGAGUAACAAGUCCAAGGUGUCCUUUUCGACACUUUCCGCCAUCAUAUUCAGAGACUACGCUACAGCGCCUUUGGGGAGAAAGCUGCUCUCGCUUUUUCCUGGUCUUGGUUAUGCUGCGGGCUACAAGAUCACCCAACGUAUAUAUAAAUAUGGUGGGCAGCCUUGGUUCAGCGACAUUCUUUCAAGAAACUAUAAGACGAACUUUACGAAUACAUUUGGGGAGAGAAAGGGCAAGAUGAUGCUCCAGGCGACAGCCGGAAGCUUGACUGGGAUUGGUGAAGUUGUUCUCCUUCCUCUGGAUGCUCUCAAAAUCAAACGCCAAGUUAACCCCGAAGCAUUUAGGGGGCGAGGAGUGAUCCGGAUUUUCAUGGAGGAAGGCACUACUCUUUAUCGAGGAUGGGGAUGGACAGUGGCGCGGAAUGCGCCGGGCAGCUUUGCACUUUUUGGUGCGUCAGCAGCGACGAAGGAAUACAUGUUUGGUAUCCAGGACUACCACAAGGCGACUUGGGGACAGAAUUUUGUUGCCUCAGUUGCUGGAGCGGUCGCAUCCAUCACUGUCGCUGCGCCUCUCGACACAGUCAAGACUCGCAUUCAAAACGCCAACUUUGAGAGCAAGGUUAGCGGCGUCACGGUUGUGAAGGAUCUAAUCAAGAAUGAGGGGCCGACAGCCCUAUUCAAAGGCCUUACACCUAAGAUCUUAGUUGUCGGCCCGAAGCUUGUUUUCAGUUAUACCCUGGCACAAUCACUCAUUCCAUGGUUCUCCCAAUAUGUCUAG